UAUUCAGUAAAGAUGAAGCGGCAUAUAUAGUCUUAUAGAGUUGCAAAUUAACCUGUAUCAAACGAUGGUGGAUGUCUCAAGAAAAAGAACAUUAAGUACAAAAUAGCAAGUGACUUGGCAGCAUUUUUGUUGCAGAGGUAGACGCAAACACUUAGGAGGAUUCUCCCACUGAAAAAAAAGACAAGACGAGGAAUAAGAAUACUGAAACGACAACAGAAUCUUAGACCUCAACGCCUCUUUGUCGCUAAAACGAUUCCACGGAAUCAUCUAGGUAUAAUACGCAUUCGCUAUUUUCAAAGAAACCAACCAUAUCCACGUUAGGGAGGAAUGUUGUCCUCAUCAGUCCAUACCAUAUAUACAACUCACUCCACGUGCCCUGGGUGUGUCUCCACCUUUUUGCCACACUCCCCCAUCUCCACCAUGAUCAUUUCCCCUCAAAAAUCUCAAACUUGUGCUGAAGAGGCUGAUGAUGGUAACUAUCAAAGUCCCAAGAUGCUGCAACGAGCUCAAUGGCUUCGAGCAGCCCUUCUAGGAGCUAGUGACGGCGUGCUCUCCACUACAUCACUAAUGCUUGGUGUAGGUGCAUCAGAGGAAGAUGGACGAUCCAUGGUACUAUCUGGACUAGCUGGAGCUCUUGCAGGUGCCUGUAGUAUGGCUGUUGGGGAGUUUGUUUCUGUCUCAACCCAAAGAGAUAUUGAAAAGGCUACUGUUUCUUGCCGUAGUUCCAAAAAUGUUGGGCAUAAUGGCUUUGUGAUGAAGCUUGACAUCGCUUCCACUCCGCCUUGCAUUGAGGAAGAAACCAGGCUUGGUCAGACUAAGUUAGCUAUGACUCCCUUGGAAAAUAUCCAGCGCAGCGAGCUCAUUUGUCCGUCGAUAGAGAAAGUGUCGCCUAGUAAUUUGCCUUCUGCUGUGACUCCUGGGAGGUCGCCUGUGAUGAGAGUUCUUAAAGAAGAUGCAAGGGGAAGUUCUGGUACCUCACUUGAUGAUAACGGAGGGGAGGUGCUGAUCGCAAACCCCUACAAGGCUGCAGCUGCCUCAGCUUUGGCUUUUAUGUGUGGGUCUUGUGUGCCAUUGUUGCCUGCCAUUCUUGUUACUCAAAAAGUUGCCAAGAUGGUGGUGAUCGCAGUGGCGACAUCAAUAGCAUUGGCUAUUUUUGGCAGCUUAGGAGCUUAUCUCGGUGGUUCAGCAGUUAAGAUUUCUGCACUAAGAGUCAUGGUCGGUGGUUGGAUUGCCAUGGCAAUUACAUAUGGCUUGCUUAAGCCUUUUGACAGUGACGACAAGGGCAGCAAAGCCACAGAAUGAAUCCAUUAUGCAUUAAAGAAAUAGGAACUUGAAUCUGCAGGAGCUACUGUGGCCAAGAAAAGAAGUGAUAAACAAUUUUAUUUUGGCACAUCUAUAUAGCCAAAAGUGCAGAUACUUUCCGAAUAUGUGCUUGAAUUAUCUAAUGUUAUUUACCUGUGGAACAUGAAUAUUCUGAUUUGGAAGAUCCCCUGCCCCCGCUUGAAAAUGUAAGGCAUUUCAGCAAGUGCGUGAGAAAGCUGAAUUUAUUCUCUUAGAAGUCAUAAAAAAGCCACCUGUCACCUGAUAGAUGGACAGUGACACUUAACACUUCCAAAACCAGUUAAAAAGUAAUGUCUUUAAAAAAUUUAAAUUACUUUUAGGUCCCUAAAAUAUGCUACAUCAAACCCUUCCCGU